ACUGGCAUACGUAGUCAAAACAACAUUUUCAAUGGAAAAAUUAUUGAAAAAAAAAUUAUAUUAGGUGCCUAUUGGAAUUCAAUGAAAAUGGGGUUCAAUUGCGUGGCUUUAUUGAAUAAUUAGAUGGGAAGAAAAUUAAUGAAAUGCAAUAAGUUCUUUUUUUGUAAAUAUGCUACGCUCCGCUCAGGAACUUUUUGCAGAAUUAUUUGAAUAUAUGCAAAAUUUGUGCAAAGAAAUGGAUUAUAUAAAGGGAACGUCUUGCAAAAAUCAACCUCAGUUGUUCACUUUCUUUCGGAUUUGUAAGACACAAAGGGGUGUAAAAGUGUUAAAUAUAUAGGGAGUGGUUGAGUGAUUUUUAGUGGACUAAGAAACUUUUUUUUUAUGGGAGUGUAAGAGAUUGGGGAUAAAACGUAGAAAAAAUGGUUCUCAGUAAGGAAUCUUCCGAUCUCAACGCGAGGUGUUGUGCUCUGGAUCCAGGGGAUGAAAUUGUGAUAUCAGGAAUAGCUGGACAAUUCCCAAAUUCAGAUAGUAUGAAUGAAUUUGCAAAGAAUUUGUACGAAAAGGCGGAACUUCUCGAGGAUAUAGAGUCCCUGUGGAAGGAGCUCUUCCCCGAAAUGCCCGAAAAGUUUGGACAGACGAGCAAUGUCCGAAAAUUCGAUGCAACCUUCUUUGGGGUUCACUACAAACAAGCCCAUUUAAUGGAUCCAUCCCUGAGAUUCAUUCUCGAAUGUGCCUACGAGACAAUCCUAGAUGCUGGUAUUCAUCCAUCAAUGUUCCGUGGUAGCCGAACGGGAGUUUUCAUUGGAUCAACCUUCUUGGAUAUGGAUAAAAUAUUUUACAUUGAUAAAAUCGUCGGUGGAGGUUUUGCCAUUACGGGAUGCAAUCGCGCCAUGUUGGCCAAUAGAAUUUCCUAUUCGUUUGGCCUCCAAGGACCAUCAAUGCACCUCGAUACUCUCUCAAGUGCUACCCUAACUACCCUAGAUGUGGCAUAUUCAGCAAUAAGGAAUGGACAAUGCGAUGCUGCCAUUGUGGGUGGUUCGAAUGUCAUCCUGCAUCCCUACAUUACAGCCCAGUACGCCCAAAUGGGUACUCUCUCACCGGAUGGCAUCACGAGAACUUUUGACAAGGACGUCAAUGGCUCCACACAUAGUGAAGUCACAUGCUGUAUCCUCUUGCAGAAGGCGAAGGAUGCAAAGAGGAUCUACGCAAAGGUAGUACAUUCAAAAGUCUCCCAUUCUGGGUAUGUUGAGGGUGACAUUACACAACCCAGCAAGGAGCAGCAGGUGAAACUUUUGCAGCAAUUCUAUCGGGAAAUUAAUCUAAGUCCCACUGAGGUGGACUACGUGGAAACACACUGUGAGGGAACCCUCAAGUAUGAUACAGUGGAAAUUGAUGCACUCGAUGAGGUGAUGACACCUGGUAGAAAGACACCCCUUAAGAUUGGAUGUGUCAAGUCGAACAUUGGCAAUUCACAACCAUGUGGUGGAAUUUCGGGCAUUGCAAAGAUUAUCAUUGCAAUGGAGAAUAAUUCUAUACCGCCAAAUAUGAAUUUAACCACACCCCAUCCGGCAUUUAAGGCCAUCACCGAAGGGCGUAUGCAGGUGGUUACAGAACCUGAGACAAUUAGCGGGAAGAAUCUCAUGGCGGUGCAAGCAAUGAGCUUCACAGGAGGGAAUUCUCAUGUUCUCCUUGAGAGUGUGGCAAAGGAUAAAGUGAACAAAGGUAUACCGGAUGAUGAUCUUCCGCGUGUCAUCACGUGGUCUGGAAGAACAGAAGAUGGGGUCAAUGAGAUUUUUGACUAUAUGUGCUCUCAACCACUUGAUGCGGAAUUUGUGGCACUUGUGCAUGAAACACAAGUGGAGACAGCCUCGAAUAACAUCUUCCGUGGCUAUGGGGUGUUUCAGAAGGGUGCCGAUGGUGGAAAUGCUGUAUCUCUCAGCCGUGAAGCUCAACAUUUUCCAGGCAUUAAAAGACCAGUUGUGUGGGUUUUCAGCGGCAUGGGAAGUCAGUGGACACAGAUGGGGAGCUCCAUGAUGAGUAUUCCCAUCUUCAGGAAGUCCAUUGAGUUUUGUCAUGAGGUUUUGCGUCCUAAAAAUUUGGAUCUCAUUCAUUUGCUCACAUCAGACGAUCCAACAAUCUACGAUAAUAUUCUGCAUUCAUUUGUUGGAAUUGCCGCCAUUCAAAUUGCCAUUGUUGACGUCCUCAGGGCUCUUGAUAUGCAACCGGAUGUUAUUAUUGGCCAUUCCGUGGGAGAACUAGGCUGUGCCUAUGCGGAUGGAUGUUUCACAGCUGAAGAAAUGAUCUUGGCAGCCUAUUCACGUGGCAAAGUGAGUGUGGAAACAGAAAAAAUCUUUGGUUCAAUGGCAGCCGUUGGGUUGAGCUAUAAGAAAGUCCGCAAUCUCCUGCCAGCGGAUAUUGAAGUAGCCUGCCGCAAUAGCUCAAUCUCUUCCACUAUUUCCGGUCCGGCAAAAUCCGUUGAGACCUUCGUUGAGGAGCUCAAGAAGCAGGGGAUAUUUGCAAAGGAAGUUCCCUGCUCAAAUAUUGCCUACCAUUCGCGCUAUAUUGCCGAUAUGGGACCAAAAUUGCUAGAAUUGCUCACAGAGGUGAUCAAGGAGCCGAAGAAGAGGUCGUCAAAGUGGUUGAGUACGAGUGUGCCACAAUCGCAGUGGGAAAUUGAGGCGAAUCAGUACAGUUCAGCUCGCUACCAUACAAAUAAUCUCCUCAAUCCAGUACUAUUUGAGGAUACAUUCGCCAUGAUUCCCAAUAAUGCGGUUACAAUUGAAAUUGCUCCCCAUGGGCUUCUUCAGGCCAUCAUUAAGAAGUCUAAAACUCAAGCAAUUCAUAUUCCACUAACACAGCGUGGGAAUCGCGAUAAUGCUCUGUUCUUCCUCUCAGCACUUGGAAAAAUUUUCAUGAAUGGAAUUGAUUUCCGCAUGCAGAAUCUCUAUCCUCCUGUUGAAUUCCCCGUGUCACGUGGUACCCCAAUGAUUGCACCACAUAUUCAUUGGGAUCACACAACAGAUUGGUAUGUUCCACCAUUUAGCUAUGAGUAUGGUUUCAAAUCAGGACGACGCUUUGUGAAAGUUAAUCCGGAACUUCCUGAAUUUUCCUUUAUUUCUCAUCACGUUAUUGAUGGGAAACUCUUAUUCCCUUCAAUGGGAUUCAUUUUCUCCAUUUGGGAAACAUUCUCCCUCAUCAACGAGGGUUUCUUCUACGACACUGAUGUUGAAUUCUCCGAUUUAAGAUUCCAUGAAGACUUAAACUUGAGCACUGAAUCAGAGAGGAAUCUUCUUAUUCUCAUACAGCAGGGAACGGGAUAUUUUCAGGUUUGCGAUGCCAAUACACCUUUAGUUUCCGGGUAUAUAAAGAGUCUCGAACCAGAGACAACUCUCAUAGAUUUCCCGGAAGAAUCCAACUUGGACUUCCCUAUUCUGCAAAAAAAAGAAUUCUAUAGGGAGCUCUACCUUCGUGGGUAUCAAUACCGAGAAACAUUUCAACUUGUUUCCGAGGGUAGAAGUGACGGAAGUGAGGGGAAGGUGAUGUUCCGGAAUAACUGGACAGCUGCAUUUGAGAGUCUUUUGCAAAUUUUCACCAUUGGCCAAGACACCAGGGAUUUGCUUGUACCGAAGUUCAUUAAGAGUAUCCGAAUUAGGCCUCAAGACUUCCUCAAAGCUGUCAAUGAGAAUGCGGGGAAGAUCAAUGUGAAAGUUUCCAAGGCACUGAAGGUGAUUACGGGGGAUGGGAUUGAGGUGGCCGAUGUGAGAAUGAAGAUGCUGCGAAAGAGCCAACAUGAAGGGGUGGCUGUGUCGGAAUACACCAAAUUCAUCCCACAUCUUCCAACACCGGAAAUGUCCACUCUCAAUGCUGCCCGUGUGUGUGUUCAGAGCUUCCUCGAUAGUUCCAUUCGGGGGAAAUUGAAAAUUGUCGAAGUUGACGCAUGCGAGGGAUCCAAUGAGAUUCUCUCGCAUUUUGCUGCAGCUGUAAAUGAUUUACCCAAUGUUUCGGGGCUGCUUGUCUUCCUCUCUGCACGCCCACUCACAAUUCGUGGGGUUCACGUGGAAGCUGGGAAGUUGUCCUCAAUGCAGAAAUGCAGCAUUAUCAUUGGGAAACGUUGCUUCCACGCUGGGGGUUUUCUCGAGGAUGCCCUGAGGUGCCUAGUUGAUGGGGGUUAUCUCAUUUCGCGUGAGGAAAAGUGCUUCGAUGUGAAAACAAUUAUUCCCCCAUCGGAGCUCAGUAUGAUCCUCUAUUUUCCAACUGAAUGCGAAACUCUCGUUGUCUGGAGGAAAUCUUCCCGGAAGAUUCUCCCCAAUACAACAGUGCUGGAAGUUACGGGGAAUUUGGAUGAAGAUUGGUUACACAAGGUGCAUGAUUCGGCAAAACAUGGCCAGGUGACAUUGGUAUCACCGCGUGAUUCCAAUUUUGGCAUCACAGGACUCGUGAAUAUGCUGCGCAAGAAAAUUCCUCAUCAGACAAUUAGUUGCUUCUCAAUUGAGGAUCGAAAGUUUGGGGAUUCAACGUACAGGAAACAGGUGAAACUAUCACUGGCAACGAAUGUCUACAGCGAUGGAAGAUGGGGAAGUUUCCGGCAGUUGAAACUCAUUGAGAAAGUAAACCAGGAAGCAACGUCCAAGGCGAGUUUUGUUGAAUUCAUUGCUCCAAAUGCAGAACUAAAGUGGACUAUGGGAAAUGUUGGGGACACGUGUCCGGGAAAGAGGAUGAUUAAGGUGAUGUACUGUGGCCUUAAUGUGCGCGACAGGGAGAUUCUCAAGGGAGAGUACCCAGUGGAAGAGAUGAAAUUACCCCGACAUGAGACUGGAAUGGUUUUGGGAUCGGAAUUUGUUGGGAUUGAUGAGAAUGGAAAACGUUGGAUGGGUGUGGUACAUCAUGGUGCAAUGGCAACACAAAUUCAUGCCGAUGAACACUUCACAUUCCCCAUCCCACAGCAAUGGACACUCGAGGAAGCAGCCACCGUCCCAAUGGCCUAUCUCACCGUCUACACGGCAUUCUUCUCGAGGAUCAAUAUAAAGGUGAAAAAAUCCAUCCUCAUUCAUGCAGCCACCGAUGAAGUGGGAAUUGCAGCAAUAACCGUAGCUCAAGCCUACGGGUUGGAAGUUUUUGCAACUGUGGAUUCGCAGCCAAAGAAGGAAUUCCUCCAAAAUAUUUUCCCCAAUUUCCCCGAAGAUCACAUUGGAUGGUGCUCAGAUAUUAGCUUUGAAAGCAUGAUAAAGCAUAAAACAAAUAACUCUGGUGUACAUUGUGUCCUUAAUACACUCACAGGGGAUAAAUUCACAGCAUCCUUGAGAUGUCUAGGACUUACGGGGAAAUUCCUUCAAAUUGGAAAAUUGGAUAUGGUUGAGGACAAGGGACUCGGUAUGGGUUUCUUCCUUGGGGAAAUUGAUUUUCAAGCUGUGGAAAUUGAUGGAAUCUUCAGGGAUGACUACGAAGAUCGAGAGGACAUCAUUAAACUAAUGCAGCAGGAUAUUGAAAGGGGUAUCGUUCAACCAAUUUCAUCGACAAUUUUCAAAGCAAACAACGUAAAUGAGGCAUUUGAUUUUUACAUGGGCAACAGUCGCAUGGGGAAGGUCCUUUUGAAGGUCAGGGAGAGAGAAACAUCCAAAGUUAGCCUCCCAAUUACCAUCUCGCCACGCUUCAGUGCCAACGAAGGGAGUUCCUACAUUAUCUUCUGUGGACUCGAUGGGUUUGGAUUUGAAUUUGCCGAUUGGUUGGUCAUUCGGGGCGCUAUGAAGUUGGUCCUAACAUCCCAUGGAGGGAAUCUAACAAACUAUCAACUCUACCGCAUGAGACUGUGGCAAAGCUAUGGCGUACAAAUUCUCUACAAAUUAGAAAAUCAAGGCACAAGAAGUGAAUGCUUGGAAUUGAUUGAAUUAGCUGGAAAAUUGGGUCCCGUGGCUGGGAUCUUCAAUGCAUCCCUGUGCAGGGAGUACGACAGAGAUGACUACUUUGACGGCACAGAGGCGGAAAUAAGUGUUCAUCCAGUGAAGAAUUUUGAUGAAUUAUCUCGGAAAUUCUGUCAAAAUCUCCUCUAUUUUGUCAUCUUUGUGCGUAGAUCGCAAGAUGGGGCGGAGAUUGAGCUGUGUCGGGCAGAGAUGACAAUAUCGGCCAUUGAGAAAAUCACCGAGGAGCGUUGUGAGCACGGACUACCGGGGAAAGUAAUUCAUUGGGGUUCGCUUGAGGGAAAAAAUCCCCCAGCAGGUGUUCUCAAGCAGAAAACCUUCUCAUGUCUUGCGGAAAUUGAUAAGCUUCUCUUCUCACGCGAAACCAUCCUCAAGCACACAAUACUGGACAAGAUGAGUCCGAGAGAAUUGAAUAUUCUCGACACGGUGAAACGUGGAAUGGAUAUUACGGAAAUUAAAUGCCUCGACGUUCCCGUGCGGAGUCUAGCGUACAAUUAUGAUAUGAUUCUCAAUCUUAAACGUCAAAUCCUCAAAGAUUUCGAUUUGUCCUUCACAACGCUCAAUUUCCAGACACUCACAUGCCGGCAACUUCUUGCAAUUGAACGCGAGAGAGCGCGCGAAAAUGAGGGACACCUCAUCCUGGCCAAUGAUACAAAACCCCGAGGGUUGGAGAUGCUCCUUCAACAUCUUAUGGACGUAAAUUCAACGACUGAGCGGAGAAUUACGCGAAUUCCCAGUAGGGACAGGAGUACAGAGUACAAAUCAUGCGUUGUCUUCAUUCCGGGACUUGUGGAGAUACUUGAAACUGAUUUAGCCUAUCUCAGUCUCAACAUUGCUCUUCCGGUGUUCUCCCUGCACAUUACCGAAGACAUUGGGUUGUUGAGCAUUCCUGAACUCGCCAAGGCAAUCUAUCCGGACAUCAAAAGAGAUGCCUUGAAGACAUCAGAAGCCUUCUACCUCGUCAGCUACUCCUUCGGAGUGUACUUGACCCUUGAGUUGGCUACUCUGCUGGAAGCCGAUGGGAUUCCUGGGCAAAUUCUCCUAAUUGAUGGUGCUCCGGACUUCUUCCGGCAACUCCUCACUGAUCAACUUGAAGAUGAGUACACCGAUGAAGAUGUUGAGGUUCUCAUUGUGCGGAAUGUUCUCCGAAUUGUCUUUCCGGAUGAGAAUCCACGGGAAUUGUGGCCCAAGUGUGAUGUACUGAGUUGGCGGGAACGCGUUGAGAAGCUCGUGGAUGUGUGUAGGAAUCAGUAUGUGUACACAGAUGUGUACAUCCGGUACAUUGCGGACUUCCUGCACCAAGGAAUACGCCACAUUCUCAAUGGAACAGGUAAAAUUGCACCAAUUUCCACGCCUAUCACCCUCGUACGUCCCACAGAUGUCUCCGUAGUGGACAUUGAACGAGACUACGGGAUGGCUAAGCUGACAAAGGGGAAGUUCCAACUAAGAUUCAUUGAUGGGGAUCAUGCAACAAUGCUGCGGAAUAGGAGUCUCAUGAAGAUUAUCAAUGAAUUCGAUCCACGCCUAAAGGCAAAUCGAGACUUUGAGGACUACAUGGAUAUCUAAAUGGGGAGGGGGUAAGAAAUUUACGGGGAGGGUGGAUUUUUUUUUCUUUAACAAAUUCUCUUUUUUUAGGGGCAGGGUUUUCUUUCUUGAAUAAAAUCGCGCAUCUUGUA